UAAGAAUUCAUAGUGACAGAGACACAGAGGAGAAUUUUAUUUCUGUUAGUGAGGAUAAAAAUGAAGCUGUCUCAGCUGAAAUGCCCACAUCAGACCCUGAAGAAAAGCACUGUGACAGCGGGAAAGUCACAGAAGAGUUCUCUGCUGAAGAGGCCGCCACUUUUGAACCAGAAGCCAAAAGUGAAGAUGAGCUCUGCACUGAGUUUGAUGUGAUGAUUAAAGUCAAAGAACAGCCACUGUGCCACGAAGAAAGUGUGGUUUCUGAGAUGAACAGCACUUACCACGAUGACGCUCUGAAGCUACAUCCUGAGACUCAGGAAACGGAGAUCUCCAGCCCUCUACACCACGAAGAUGAAGAGGCUGAAAAAGAGGGAGCCACAUCUGCAUGUGCACAAAAACUAAACAUAAAGUACAAAGAAUAUAGACAGCUCCUCCAGGAGGUGUGCAAGGAGCGAGAUAAGGCCAGGCAUAACAGCAGCCAGCUGCAGAUGAAACUGGCACAAUACUUCAAGAAGGCUGGGGACAGUGUCCAGCUGGAGGGCGAGAAGCCUGUGUCAGAGCAGCUGCAGGAGUACGAGAGGUACAUCAACACCCUGACUGACCUGAAGCAGCAGCUCCGUGCUGAAUCAGAGGCAGCCCAGCGUCAGGCAGAGGACCUGAGGCUACAGUCCCAGGAGCAGCUGGGCAAGGUGGAAGAUGAAUGGCGAGCACUGAUGGCACUGAAACAGGAUACAGCUGUGAAGAUGCUAAGCAGACGCCUGGGUAAAGAAGCAGCUCGGGCCAAAGUGGAGGCGUCUCUGCGAGCUGAACAGCUUCGGCAGGAUGAGCUGAUCAAACUGCGGCUGAAGCACAUCAAGUUGAAUAUGAAGAUUUGCAAGCUGGAGGCAGAGCUCCGCCGUAGGGAGGAACAUGACAGGGACCCCAUACAGAUCCAGUUUGAGCAGCUGCAGGCUGAGAAGCUAGAGCAGAAAAAACAAGCUGAAAAGCAGCACGAGGGAUCAGUAAAGCUGCAGAAGAAGAUCAGCAGUAGCUUGGAGUGCCUGUCACAUAUAAAGGAGAAGCUGCGCUGGUGCCAGAUGGAGGUCAAGGUGAAGAGAGAGCAACUGACUGAGGUGGAGGCCGUGGUGGCUGGGAAGAGGGACCACCUAACCAGGGUCAAGCAAGAAAACAGUCGCCUGCACAGACAAAACCUGAGGUUGAAGGAGCAGCGUGGGCUGCUGGGCAACAGGGUCCUGCUGCAGGACUUUGAGGAUACUGUGAAUGCCUCUGACCAACUGGAGGAACAACUAGAACAUCUGAAGUGCCGGCAAGCCGAGAUCCUCUUCAGCUGUAGCGGGUGGAAGAGUCAAUAAUGACUAAAACUUUAUCUCAGGUUUCAAAAAGCUAUGAAAAAAAUGAGAAAAGAACACAUGUAGCUGACAAGGAGCUACCAGGAAUGAGAACGAGCACUAGCCCUUAGAGUUUGUUUCAGUGUAGAGUCUCACUGUAAACUAAGCCUGUGUGCAGUAAAACUUGGAAAACCAUAAUCUGGAUAAGAAGUCAUGGACGGCAUCCUCUCAAAAAAGAUUAUCAUCUUAGAUAAGGUGACUCAGACAUGUUGAAUGCAAUCUUAAAAACAUUGAUAGAAAUAAAGAUACAUU